CGAAUGCAUAUAUGAGGGGCAAUGUCGUCAAACAAAUUAUUAUUUUCAAGGCUUUUGCUUCGAACUUUGACGACUAAAACCGAUGCAGCAGUUUCCGUUAAAAAACCCGGGGAUAUAGAAACGGAAAAUGCCGAUAUGCAAGUGCGGUACAAUGUCUGUCAAGAGAAAACCGCAACUGUAUACAAAAUAGACGGCCAUAGAACUCAAGUACCGCCGAAACUGUCGUUGGAACUGCAAGAUCUUCAACCCUCCAUGCAUCCCCAGUACUAUUCCAGUCACUCAGAAUCUUCCCCAAGUCUUGUAAGAGGAACUGAGGCCGAAAGCAAAAACAAAUCAUCUACUGAAGAAACGCUUGCUACCAGAUACAGAAACCUAAUGGACUCCAAUACCAAAAAAAAUAUCACUCAACCACUGAAGAUGUCCAAGUUGGCAAAACCCUUUCCAGACCCAGUUAAAGUCAUGUCGUCUCAUAUUAUUUCAGAUCAGGAAAAAGCCGAACAGAUGUUGGCCGAGUCUAGAAGCCAGGAUUUUUACAGAAAACCAUAAAUUAAAAUGUUCAAUCAAAUAAAAAAUGUCUCUUUAUAUUAACACAAUGUAAUAAAUCUUUAUUAAAAUGCU